GUUCGAUAUAAAAAGCAGCGCUGCUAUUAUGCGACGCAAUUAAUAUUUUCGUGUCAAGUGAUGCACUCGACGAAAAUAUACGUACCUAUGUUGAAUGGACGCAGGUACACGUAUGCAGUGUUUACAUUCUUUCUCUCCGACGAAGAGUCAGAAUCUUCUGGAAUUCACGUCCAGUUGUGUGAUUAAAUUAUAAAUACAAAAAGUGCAUGUCGACAUCCGGCAUAUCGAUAGACGCGCUGAUAAGUGGAUCCGUAAUUGGCACAAAAGUUGACAGAACUUAACGUGUCAGUUAUUUGAUAACUCGUAUGUUGGGCAAUUACUUGACCGCGCGUGCCUGAUGCUUUCCCAUUGGCCAGAAAUUAAUGGUCGCAAGUCUGCCACGAGACAACGUUGAUAUGUGCAAGUAAGUAGCUGUUCGUAAAGACGAUGUGCUCUGCGAGUGUGUAAUGCAUGUGUGAUUAUGUAUUUAUGUACAUAUAGUUACUUUGCAGCAGAUAUAUAUAUGACUUUGCGAAUCCAUUAACGCUCCAGUUUACGGUGAGACCCAAGACCGUAUGCACUAUACAUUUAACAGAGUAAGAAUAAUCCGAUAUCUAUCGAUAUUCGAAAUGGUUGUCGGAACGAACGAUGAAUCCCCAAACUUUGCGAAUCUUAACGAACUCGCAUCCGAAACUAACGGUGGUCAAAUUGUAUUUGCUACCGACGAUUGGUUCGCCUGUGCAGAAAAUCUUCUCAAGGAUACAGAACCGGUGUUCAAACCGGACCUCUAUACGGAUUUUGGAAAAUGGAUGGACGGCUGGGAGACGAGAAGAAGAAGAUGUCAAGGUCACGACUGGGCGGUCAUUGCUCUGAAGAAACCUUCUACAAUAAUGGGCGUCUGCGUUGACACGGCGUACUUUACGGGAAAUUAUGCCCCAAGGUUUUCUAUCCAGGCAGCUAAGCUCACGGAUGAAGAGGCAAAGCUGUUCCCAAAAAGAGAAUGCAAAAUUGGCAUAGCAGCGGACAAAUCUCAGGUGGAACAAGUUCAGCGCAUCGACACUCAGAAGUGGGAGACUUUGGUGCCAAUGACGAAUCUCAGAGCUGGAUAUGAAGAAACACGUCUGAAUUAUUUUAACGUCUUCGAAAUCGGCACCUGGACUCAUCUUCGAUUGAACAUGUUUCCCGACGGCGGAAUUGCCCGUCUGCGAGUCUUCGGCUUCGUUACUCCUGACUGGGAAGAAGUCAAUUCCGAUGAGCUAAUCGAUUUAAUGUCUGCCGAGAAUGGGACUGUCUGCGAAAGCUACAGCAACGCGCAUUACGGGCAUCCCAGAAAUCUGAUCAAGACUGAGAGAGGAAUCAACAUGGGUGACGGCUGGGAAACCGCGAGAAGACUCGACAGACCACCCAUCCUAGAAGCCGACGAUUCCGGCGUUCUGCAGGUUCCCGGUAACGAAUGGGCAAUAUUCAGGCUUGGACACGUAGGUGAAAUUCACUCGAUCGAAGUGGACACGAAUUUUUUCAAGGGAAACUUUCCGGACAGUAUAAAAAUCGAAGGAGUUCUCGCAGACCCUAAUCAAGACUCUAGGAGGUGGUCUUGGAAGACGAUAAUGACGCCAAAGAAGCUAUCACCGCACAAACAACAUUUCUACAGUACCGACGACCUGCUAUCUUACGGACCCAUAACUCACGUCAAACUAACCAUGGCGCCGGAUGGUGGAAUAUCCAGGGUCAGAAUGCUUGGUCACAUUUCCCAUGUUUUAGAACUGCUGCGCUGAGAAACUUUUUAGAAACUCCCCCUCAUUUUAACUCUGCGACGCUCCUCAUAGAGUCCGUUAUUUAGUUUCCAAUUUCUAACGAACUUCCUAAUUAGCGUUUCCUAAUUUUAUGGGAUCUGGACCAACAAGGAAGAUUAAUCAGUUCAGUUUCUGCAUGUUUGUAAAUAUCCUGAAACCUUUCCGGACUCAAAGUUUAUCUUAACGAAUUUUCAAUUAACGCUAUGCAGUUUUAGCUCAAAGUCUCACGAGACGAAUACCUAAGGAUUCAAAAGGCAUCGUAAAAAUAUUUUAUCCGUUGGCCUGCGCUACCAAAAGAACACCACUCGUUGUGCGGUUUUUAUUUUGGUACGUACUUGCAGUUCGUAAGCCUGUUUGGGUUAAGAAUGUCGUUAAAAUUAUUCAACUUUAGUGCUUAAUAUAAACGAACCUUGUCAAAUGAAUGUGAAAUAUACAGAUAGAGUUUUUUCCAAAAGAGGGUAAGAAAAUAAUAAUAACCGUAUGUACGUAUACGAAAGUUUACAUCGGUAAGAAUGAGAACGACUUAAAAUGGAAUACAAAUUCAUCGUUAUAAAAGUGGUAACUGUGUAUAAAAAGAGUCGCUAAAUGAUUUCAAUCCAUGAUAUUGGGUAAACGAUGCAAAAUGAGUCGGAUAUAUAUUUAGGGAUAUCAGACAUCGAGGAUGUGCCAAAGUCCUCUACGAAUGUUCGACAUUUUUUUCGGUAUAUAUUUAACAUAUCUUACGAAUCUAAUUACGUUGCGCGUGAUGAAUUUUGAGACGCGCGUGUCGUCUUUGUACAAUAAAUAAAUAAGAACCAUGAAACGAUGCCAGUAA